AUGUUGCGUUUUGGUCUGCUGUUGUGUGUUGCUGGCCUUGUUGUGGGGGGACCCUCCGCUUCUAAGACGAGAGAAGAAAUUGAGACCUUUAGGCAAUACUUGGAACAAAGCCGUACAGAAAAUGGUGUCCGAGUUGACUCUAAGGCGUUAUCGGAUCUUCAAGGCAACAUUUGGGAGAACAGUGGCAAAUUUCAAGGCGAUAUAGUGUUAGAUAACUGGCAAAUAGAGGCUCUAGUCACAGAUUAUGCUGCUGGAAGAGCAGCUUACAUCUGGCCAAACACUAAAUGGCCUAACAAUGUUGUUGUUUACGAUUUUGGGGUCAACGAAUUUAAUGCCGCACAACAGUUGGCCAUUUUGAAUUCAAUCAAUUUGAUCGAACGGAACUCAUGUGUCAGAUUCCGUCGGCGUAACGCUAAUGAUCGUGACUUCGUUUUACUUACCGGUAGAUCUGAUGGGUGCUACGCAAAUGUUGGUUUCUGGGCUGGGCGCGGUAUUCACAUCAUGAACUUAGCGCGCGACACUCCUGGACGAGGAUGCUUCAUGCCUGUAGUCAUCGUCCAUGAGUGGCUUCAUAUCCUCGGCUUCUUCCACAUGCAGUCCACUUACAAUAGGGAUAACUACGUGCGCAUCCAUUUCGAGAACAUUGUGGAUGAUAUGGCGUAUAAUUUUUAUAGAUACGGCGCUAACGUGGUAAGCAAUCUCGGCCUUCCUUACGAGUACACCAGUUGCAUGCAUUACACCACCCACGCCUUCAGCAAAAAUGGACGACCUACAAUUGUGGCUCUUAGGGCUUUCUCGGGAAUAAUGGGUCAAGUAGAGCGAGUUACUGACUUGGACUGGUUGAGACUGCGGAGACAUUACAACUGCCCUGGAGCGUGGAGUUUUGCUGGUAUUGAGCAUGGAGACAAUGAACAAGAUCUUGUCAAUUUGGAGCAAGCAGAGAUUUCUGGAGUAAUCGGAGCUGAAGAAGCAGAAGAACAACAA